UUAUCAACAGUGCGGCUGAUCUUCAUCCGGAACGCACGUCUCGGCUUCUGAUUUUGUGAAUAGACUAGUCAUUUUGUUAUAUGCCUGGAUUUUGUGAUAUUUUAGUGUUAAAGAAGUCGUUUUGUUGAAAACUGUGCUCAAUAUAGUAAAAAAUUACGAAUUUUUUGGAAUGUGUUUGUAACAUUGUGGUAUAAUACUCAAAAUAAAAUCUUAGUCAUUAACUUAAAGUUAGUCAUUUAGUGAAUUGCCUGGAAUAAGAUAAUGAAGUGAUUAAUUUGCGAAUAUUUAGGUUUGUAUUACGUCUGUGAAACUGAUAAGCCAGUGCCAAAGUGUAUCUGACGGCGUAUGGAUAUUGUUGUUGAAUAUUUAUUGUUAAUUUCAAUAAUAUUUAUUAUGAAAUAUGGUGGCAAUGGUUGAAGUCGGCAGACCCAACGAGUACUUCUUAUCGUUUUUGCCUACUGUGAACUCUCCGCCCGUGCCGCACCGAGACCUGAGCGCCGCACCCAACACCUACCGUCCCUACCACGACGAGUAUGCCGCCGUCCAACGCCAGCCAAGGCCAGAAGAAGUCAAGAAGGACAAGAAAUGGUCCAUCGGCAAACUCUUCAGACGAAAGAAGAAGGAGGAGGAAAGCGAAUCGUCCUCCAGCGAUGACGUGAGCGGUUCCCCCUCCAAAAAAAAGGGCAAGAAGAAGAAAAGAGCGCCAUUAGUCAAUAAUUUCGACCAUAUCGUUAUAAGAGACACCAGGAGAGCCCAGAGUUUGGCUAAGCCGAGUAUCCAUCAGGAGUAUUUUAAAGAUGAUGGCGUUCUGUCGGACCCGUCGGCAGAGUUCUUACAUAAGAAGAAGAUUCAGGAGCCAUACGAAUCGAAGGAGUAUCUUGAUUUGAGGCCCGAUACGAGAGUAUCGACGACGGUACUAGAAACGCCCGGGAAGAAGAAGAGAAAAAGCAGACUAAAAGCGAGAGUGGAAGCGCUCCGUAACAGCAUCCGGGGGGAAUCCAGCAGCGACGAGGAGUCGUUAAAGUCAUCAAACUCCUCCUCCAUCGUAAGAUUUAGAAGCGAGGACUCUUUGAUGAGAUCACGAGAUAGCUCGCUCAAUAAAAGAUCGCGAAGCGCUCGAAACGAGAGAUAUAUCAAGAGACUAUCUCGAGACGAAGAGAACCAACUGAAUAAAGAAGCAGAGCUCCUGCACCAAGGCUAUACUAAAGCGGAAGUUGAAUUGUUAACGCGCACGCCGACGAGUCAGAGCAGCGGCUACGGCACCUGCAAGCGCGACCCUCACAACAAUAUCAAGCCGGAGCUAAAUCCGAACGAUUUCAAAAAGGGCACCCUGAAAUCUGACUCUAUAUCGUCAUUCCCAUCAAAUCAAAGUUACCUCUCAUCUAUUAACUUUAACGCUAAAGUUAACAAUGAUCACAUUAACUAUUCCAUCCAAUGCGCUAGUAACAAUUCAAACAGAGAAUCGCUUUAUGCUAACACGCAGAGGGAAGGAAGCUUAUCUAACCAGUACGAGAAUCCGGAGAGUGUCAUAUGCGUUAAGUUUCCUUUGGGAAGUGUACCAGUAAAAAAGGAGGAGAGAUCUCCCCCUGUGCCGCCUCCUAGAGACAUGCAACGUAAAGUUGUAACGCCUCUGUCUAUGUAUUACGACAACAACUCUGAUAGAACAAACAACAGUCAUAAUUUUGUACACGGAGUACCCAAUAAUGAUUUCGAAAGAAUCAUGAGACGGAGCCAAGAAAGGAGCUACGGAACGAGUGGGCUGCGCCGGCCGAUUUCUAACUCAGAAGAUCACAUAGCAAUGCAAAACAAUGAAUUCAUGCAACACUAUUUACAAACCAACGAGCAGCCCAGAAGACCGGCUUCUGUUUCGGCGGAGCCAAAUCACUAUGGAAUAUUUUCCAACUCCAACACUCCUCCUUGGAGAAGAAGGGUAGAGCAGCCCAGUGCUAGGUUAGAGCCAUCAGCCGUCCAAACAAAACAAGACUAUCUCUACUACGCAGAUCAAAGUCCAAGAUCACGUCGCCCUAUCAGCAUUAAAAAUGGCCUCCAGCAAAAUCAGUAUUUAAGUGACUCGCAGGCAUCAUUUAAUGUCCCCGAAUCAGUGUAUAAGAAACCUCGAAAUGCUUCGGACUUUUGGAGAAAAAUCGACGAUGCUGAGAGAUUGCGUCAACAGCAGGGAGUCUUUGCAAAUACUCGUAGUAAUAGUGAUAAUACUCAUAAUGACGUUAUGUACCGAUCUUUUUCUGAACGAUCUAAACCUACGAAUAAGCUCCAUCAAACUAGAGCAGUGAGUGUUGAUAGCUGUAAUAGAAAUAAAUCAUAUGAUUUGAUGGAUGGUGCCAAAAUAUGGAAAGCCACUACUGAAUAUAAGCAAUCAGAACCCAAAGACUCUGCUAAGUCAGAAGUAAAAUCGCCUACAAAAACACACGUCCGUCACAAAUCAGAUACCUAUGGGACUGGAAACGGUCAAAUAAUAUCUGACGAGGAGAAAAAUUCAGAGAGGCGAAAGUCUACAAACCUUGAUGAUGCUCUCAACGAAUUAGAAGCUAUAUACAAUAGCUUAGGUUUAGGCGACGAAGACCUAUUAGACAGGGCAGAAAGGAGGGAAUUGAUGACACCCAAAUUUAAUGAACAUUACAAUGAUUGGAAUGGAAAUGAUGACAACAUAUCAUUACGAAGUCAGCCAACGACGCCGUUACGCCGAAUACCCAGACGAUCAACUUUACCCGACAAGUUGCAAGAUGAUAUGGCAUUCCGAAGAAUGAAUUCUUUUAAUAAUAAAGAUAAACCUAACCCUAAGGAAGUUCAGUCACAAAUUAGCUACAUGCUUGCCUCACCGGUGUAUGUACCGUAUGCGUCAGAUGACGAUAAAUGUUCGGAACGUAAUGAACCUGAUAUUGUUCAUGAUGACGUAGUAUAUAGAAAUAUAAAGCAGACCAACAACCGCCUUAAAACUAUAGAUCCUCAACCACCAUUUGGUAUUCCUGUUGGACCAAUAUCUCCAGCGCCACAGAGUGACUAUUUACAUGCGAUUCCAGAAAACAAAGGCAGACCACGCUUUGUUCCAAAACGAUCACCAGACCUUGUAGCUGACGAUUUAGCGUACAGAAGUUUGAGAAAAGAUAAUAGAAAUUCAUCUCUCUUUAACAACGAUGAUUAUGGAGGCCUAAUAAAUAACAACCCAAAUAGUGAAUACCCGUAUAACAAAGACGUUUCUAAUAUAAAGAAGAAGCGCGCAGUCAGAUCCUUAUCAGCUAACAUUUUCACUAUGAUCCAAAAGGAAAUAGAUGACGCUCUAAAAAUGACGAAGGCACCGACACUGCAAAAAACAAACAGUAACAGUGACGUCAUGAGACGCCUCCGAGAAACGUUUGAGAAUAAUGACAAUAACUCACGGGACCAUUAUCCUCGUAAUAAGGUAAAACAACGCCACAAUACCGUUAACUUGUUUGUUAAUAACCCACCCACACCAUCUCAUACUUUCACACGGGAUGAUUCAUUUAUCCAUGCAGAUGAUACAUGUCUUGCUAAGUCAUCAUCAUGUGAUAAGUCCAAAAAUUCAUCUCCAUUAAACAAAUCACCUCAAACCUCCAAGCGCUCAUCGAAAGACGAAUUCCAACAUGUACUCAGCAUGUUGGCACAAGAAGCCAUGGAUACUAGCAACAAAUUGGGGGUAGCUUUGGCUGAAUUAGACAAAAAUCGAAACAAAAAUGAAACAGCUAAUAUUCAAAGUCGGAUAUCUAGUAGUCGACAAGAUUUCUUGAAUGGACUGACAGAAAAGAGCUAUAAUAAUAAUUCAUCAGCCGUGAUGAACGUUAACGACUACUCCAAAGUAAAAGAACCACAACCAGUAUUAGAUAAUGCGGAAAACAAUAGUCGAGGUAAAAAUACUGAAGAUAGUUUAUUAGUUAUAUCAGAUCAAAUAAGUAAAGUAGAAGAACAAUUAAAAAGCAGUGUUGAAAGAGAUUCAGAGUCAAGGAAUAAAGAUAACCAUAAAAGUCCUGAUGAAGUAAAAUGGCCACCGUGCGUCAGUAAUAUAAAUGAUGCUUUUAGUGAGAGUAAGAAUAUUUCUAAUAUUGUUUCUAAGCCCUUAUAUGAAUCUAACCAAUCAAAUAACAUAUUUUAUGAGAAUACUAGUAAUGACAAAUCUGAAAUAUCAGUUCCGAAGACAAAAUCUACUAAUCCUUUCAUAAAUAACGACGAAGUAGUCAAAGAACUCAAUGAAAUAAAAGCUUUCAAAGAAUUAAAAGACGGAAUUAAAGACUUAAUUGCCGGUAUAUCUGAAGUCAACGACAAGUUGUUUGUUAAUAAAAAGACUACCAAAACAGAUGAUACAAUAAUUGAAAAUACGGUUUCUAAAGAUAAAACUGACGCAAAUAUAAAUGAAAAUAAAACACAAACAGAUGGCAAGAACAAUAGAACAUCAUUUACUCCUUCAAUAUACGAGAACGAUAAAAGAGACGAUGCUGAUACGGAAUACAACUCCUCUGAGGAGCUAGCGACAAUAUUUAAGUUUGACGUUCAACCUCCAGCAGUCGAGAAUGUAAAGGAGAAGCGCGAAGAUUUGAGUUCACCUAAGAUUGUGAAAACUAUGAACCAGCACCUGCGAAGGUUGUCGGUGGACGAAGGCACUUCUAGUCAAAGCCCCCCACCAACAAAUGUGGUACCAUGGAGAACAAAACCCCAAGGUAAAGGCAAUAAUGAGAAGCAACAGUGCGAUUGGCACUCGUCUGGCACGAUGAUGUUAGCUUGCUCGUACACCCUGAUGUUGUCACAGCACCUGGCAGACCUGGAUUGGCUGACGCUGCUUGGCCUCCUCCUAGCAAUUGUCACCAUCAUCGCUAUGCUUAUGAUAUAACAAUGUGUGAACAGUAAACGCCUCAGUAUAAAGAGCUCAUCGACCUACACCUUCUAGGUAUCAGCUACUUGUAUUUUCUAAGUCUAUUUAACUUUGUAUCGAAAUGUAAUUCUUCUUAAUUUAUGUAGAGGCUUCCAUAUGACAACGUUAUGUAUAUUUAAUGAUAUAUUAUGUUGUAAAUUAAAUAAAAUGUUUAAGUUA